AUUUAUAUUUUGAGUAAUUCUAGCUCCUAAGUUCACCUAGACUCCGUCCUUAAUCCUAACAAGUGGUAUCAGAGCAAUAUUAAGGACAUUGAGAGGAGUCUACAGAAGUUUGAAGACCCUUCUAGACCCACCAUGGCCUGUGGCCUGUUCCUGCUGCAGGAGAAGGACGAAAUCCUCAUGCUCUUGGUGUAUGUGGAUGAUAUCCUUCUCUUUUCUGCAUCAACUGCUUUGCUGGACAGCGCAGAGCAGAUGCUGGAGAUGCAGUUCAAGUGCUCCAAGAUGGGUGAGGCGAAGUACUACUUGGGGAUGCACGUGGAGAGAGAUGUGGAAAAGGGUGUGCUGAGGUUGCACCAGAGGAAGUACUGUGAGGGGCUGGCUGAGAAGUAUGGGCUGCAAGAUGGGGGAAAGCCAGCAACACCACUACCUUCGGGGUUCACUGUGGAGCCAUGUGCUGAUGAGGAGGUAGUGGGUGAUAGUGACAGGAAGCUGUUUCAUUCGAUGGUUGGGUCGCUGAAUUAUCCUGCAAAUCAUACACGGCCUGACAUUGCAUUUGCUACAUCACGGUUGGCUAGUGUGGUCUCACGCCCUAGUCAUGAGCAGCUGGAAGCGGCCAAGAGGUUGGUCCGCUAUAUAGUGAAGACCCAUCAGCAGGCAGCAGAUAUUUUCACUAAGCGUCUGGCGGAGGCGGAUCAUUGGAAGGGCAUGAAGCUUGCUGGGAUGAGUGUGCAUUGAGUAUGCAUGCUUGAGAUGUGGUAUGGUCGAUGAUGGUUGGCAGCCAGAGGGGGAGAUUGUUGUGUGAUGUCAUCAUAUGUUAUCACAUUCUGUCUGCCUCCCAUCCCUUGUUUCAAUUCGCACGUAUGGUUUGACUGUGUGUGAAAGAAUUUGUGUGGUGUGUGUUCUGGAGUUUGGGAAUGUGUUUUGUGUUAUU